AUGGAUACAGACGUUCAGGACCUUAGUGAGGUUUUGUCUAAUCAAACUAUCUCAAACGACAGCUAUUCUCAGUUUUUAAACUUUGAUACAUGUCAGCUUUCCUUUCCUGCGGUAUUCGUGCUCAUUACAGCUUAUACUUUAGUGACCAUAGUAGGGCUUUUUGGAAAUCUUUGCCUGAUUAUCAUAAUAAAGCGACAGAAAGAAGCUCAAAAUGUUACAAAUAUCUUGAUUGCCAACCUCUCCUUAUCAGAUGUCUUAAUCUGUCUCAUGUGCAUUCCGGUCACAGUUGCCUAUACCUUAAUGGACUACUGGAUAUUUGGGGAAGCUAUGUGUAAAAUCAGCUCUUUCAUACAAAGUAUAUCCGUCACCGUCUCCAUUUUCUCGCUUGUACUCAUUGCUGUUGAGAGGUACCAGUUAAUUGUGAACCCACGUGGCUGGAAGCCUAGUAUUUCCCACGCCUACUGGGGAAUUCUUUUCAUCUGGGGGGUUUCUGUUAUGAUAUCCAUUCCUUUUUUAAUAUUCCACCAAUUAACUGAUGAACCCUUCAAAUAUCUAUCUUUCCAUCAUGACUUCUACAAGAACAAAGUUGCUUGCAUUGAAGCAUGGCCAUCUGUUAUGGAAAGGCUGAUUUUUACCACCAGCCUGCUGCUUUUCCAGUACUGCUUCCCACUGGGGUUUAUUUUUAUCUGCUAUCUCAGGAUAUUUGUAUGUCUGCGGAAGAGACACGGUAAAAUAGACAGGACGAGGGAGAACGUGGGCCGACUAAGUGAAAACAAAAGGAUUAACGUGAUGUUGAUAUCAAUCGUCGUGACCUUCGCAGCUUGCUGGCUGCCUCUCAAUAUAUUCAAUGUAGUUUUUGACUGGAAUUAUGAGGCACUAAUGAGCUGUAACCAUAAUCUAGCAUUUACACUGUGCCACCUCGUGGCUAUGAUCUCAACUUGCAUCAACCCCAUCUUCUAUGGAUUGCUCAACAAGAAUUUUCAGAAGGAUUUGGUGGUAUUAGUUCACCACUGCAGAUGCUCAGCAUCACAAGAGGAAUAUGAAAACAUUGCCCUCUCAACUCUGCAAACUGACAUAUCUAAGGGAUCUCUAAAAUUAAAUACCGCCCCUUUGGAUAUCUAA